AUGGAGCUACUCAAACACCAAAACAGCCAUCUUCGAGAAUUAGCUGCCGCCGCAAUUCUGUCACUAUCAUCGGCCGAAUCCAAUAAAUCAACCCUAGCUUCUUCAUGUGCACCGAAUCUGCUAUCACAGGUCCUAUGCUCCGGCAGUGUUCAAGCAAGAGUCGAUGCAGUCACAUCCCUCUACAAUCUCUCCACAUCCGAACACGAACCAAAGCUUGUACUCGAUGCUAAAGCAGUAGUACCUCCUCUAAUCAGCCUCCUAAAAGAAUGCAAGAAGUACUCCAAAUUUGCCGCGAAAACCACUUUCCUACUCGAGAUCCUCUCCAGUUCCGAACAAGGCAGGGGUGCAAUUACAAAUGUGGAUGGUGGGAUUAGUUUUAUUACACUAGUAGUGGAUCAUGCAAGUCCGAAAGAAAUGUCGUGUUCUUGA